AUGGAGGAUUUCUUGGACAAACAAUACAUUCUGGUGAGCAGCGAGAACUUCGAGGAUUAUUUAGUGUUUUUAGGUAUAAGUUAUAUAGCAAGAAAGACCGCCCUAACACUACGGCCGAUCCAAAUAUUAUCCAAAGACAACGAAGGCAGAUACACGCUGACUUUCAAAUCCAGACUGGUGAACACCGCUGUUACUUUCACUCCUGGACAAGAGUUCGACGAGAUCAAACCUGAUGGCGUUAAGGUCAGAGCAUCAAUAGCAUUCGAAGGAAACAAAUUGAUUCACAUCCAGACAGAAGCGAACGGCAGAACGGCUAAGCACAUAAGAGAGUUUUUCCAAGACAAAAUGAUAAUGACAACAACAGCGAAUGGCUUUAAUAAAACGGCGGUGAGAAACUUUGAACUAGUGCAGUCGUGA